AUGGCAGCCGUCGGAAUUGCUUUUGGUAACACGACAACAUCGAUCGCUUACGUCAGAGAAGACGGAAAGUUGGAAGUUAUCGCCGAUCCAGAUGGAGACAGAUUCAUCGCUUCAGCUUUAUCAUAUCUUGGACAGGAUGAGUAUCAUGGAUCUCAGGCUAUUGGCCAACUUAUCAGAAAUGCUGAGAAUACCAUAGUGAACUUCAGAGAUUUCAUUGGUGUUCCAUUCGAGAAGAUUGACACUACAUACUCACAGCACUCAGCCAAACCAAUAAAUGUUGAUGGAAAGGUCGGAUACGAGAUCAAUGGAAACAAGAUUACCGUUGAAGAAGUCACAAAGAGACACUUGAAAAAGAUUGCAAAGGAUGCAGAGGAUUACUUGGGUGAAAAGAUUGAGGAUGUUGUCUUGUCUGUCCCAGAGAACUUCACCGAAGAGCAGAAGGCUCUUUUGAUCAAUCUUGCAAAACAGUCUGGUUUGAACAUUAGACAGACGAUAAGCGAGCCAAGUGCUGCUUUAUUGUCACAUUUGACCUCCGAGAAGGAGCUCAACAAUGAUAAGGUCUACGUUGUUGCCGACUUUGGUGGUAUCAGAUCCGAUGUCUCUGUUAUUGCUGUUAGAGGAGGAAUCUUCACACUUUUAUCAAGUGCACAUACCUACGAGUUAGGUGGAAACAAGCUUGACCUCGCAUUGAUGGAUUUCGUUGCCAAAGACUUCAAGAGUAAGUACAAGGUGGACGCUCUUGGUACUAAGAAGUCGUGGGCUAAAUUAAACUCUGCUUCUAUCAUCAGCAAAAAGACACUCUCAAACGUUGAGUCCGCUCCUAUAUCCGUUGAUGCCUUGGCUGAGGGUUUCGACUACAACAACACCAUAAAUAGAAUGAGAUUCGAGGUUGUUGGUCGCCAGGUUUUCUCCAAGAUGGCAGCUUUUAUUGAAGAUGCUAUCAAGAAGGCCGGCUUGGAAACAUUAGAUAUUGACUCUGUUCUUCUUGCUGGUGGUAGUUCAAACGUUCCAAAGAUUGCCAGAAACUUGGAGUUCAUUUUCCCUGAGAGCACCAAGAUUAUUGCUCCAUCUCUGGACUCAAAGCUUCCUAAUCCAAACGAGUUGAACAGUAGGGGUGCUGCAUUGCAGGCUUAUCUAAUAUCCACCUUCGAUGACGACGUUAUUAAGCAAUCAUUGAGUGCGGAUGUUGUUGAGACCAAGCAAUUGAGCAAGCCAAUAGGGCUUAAGGGUGCUGAUGGUGAAUUCAUCACUGUUCUGCCUCGCAACACGGUGUAUCCAAUCAAGAGAGUUAUCUCUUUGGAGGCAUCUGCAGAUGAUGUGUUUAUUGAACUCUACGAGGGUGAGAGAACCAUAAAGGAGACAGUUGAGGAGCCGGAAGAAGAAUCUGAGGAUGAAGAUGAAGAGGAUGAUGAUUCUGAGGAUGAGCCAGAUAUCAUUAGAGAGGUUGUUUACAAACCAUCAAAGCUUUUGGCCCAACUUGCACUUAGAGGCGCUGGUAAAGGUGCAAAGGUUGAAGUUGUGGUCAACAUCAGAAAGGAGGGAAAGAUUCAGUUGGCUGCAAGAAGUGGUAAAGUUGCCUCCAAAGGUGUCAUUGAAGCUUAA